UAUUUGUUUUCUCUCUCUCUCUCUCUCUCUCUCUCUCUCUCUCUCUCUCUCUCUCUCUCUCUCUCUCUCACACACACACACACACACACACACAACACCUAGCACUCACAAAAACUAACACAUGGGCACUUUGGUUGGACAUGUUGCACCAGGGUCUGUUUUUCUUUUCGUCGGAUUAUGGCACCUUGUUAACCAUAUCAAACUCCAUGUUCAAAACCCCAAAGCCUUCCAUUUCUCCCCAUGGGUGCCCACCACAAGGAUAAGGUAUUUGGAACUUUACUACAUCAUGUCAAGUUGUUCUAUGGCCAUUGUUAUGGAGAUAUUUGUUUUACCAGAUCAUCACCAUCCGUUUGACACAGAUGGCACCAUUCCUUCCAACCAUAUGCAGAACAUGGAACACUUGUUCAUUUUUAUGAUGUUUAUAAUCUAUGCUGGCUUUGCCAUACUACUUGACAAGUUUCAACCCAAAGCGCAAUACGAGUUGACACAGUUGCUUUUAGGUAUUGCGUUUGGGCACCAACUCCUCAUCACCCACCUUCACUCAACUGGAAACAUGGGUAUCCAAGGACAGUACCAUAUGCUUCUACAAAUAUUAAUUCUUAUCUCUUUCAUUAGUACACUUAUGGCCAUUGGCUACCAGAAAAGCUUCAUAGUUAGUUUCAUAAGGUCCAUUAGUAUAUUCUUCCAGGGUCUUUGGCUUAUGGUUAUGGGUUUCAUGCUUUGGACUAAAAGUUUGAUUCCAAAAGGUUGUUUCUUGAACCUGGAACAGGGUCACCAUGUAGUUCGGUGCAAUGGAGACCAAGCCGUAGAACGCGCCAAGUCGUUAGUGACUAUUCAAUUUAGCUGGUAUCUACUUUUGGUGACGAUUUUUGCUAUCUCACUUUACUUGGCCAUGAUUAAAAUCUACGAUAAACAAGUUGAUUACCAAUCACUAGUAAGGUACGAUGAAGAACACGCAGAUGAAGAUAUUGAGACUCAAAGUAAAACAAGCAAACUCGACCAAUCACAUAGCUUUCUUCAAAUGGAGAAAUCUCUUGCUCCUCUCGACAUGGAAUUGUAGAUAAAUAUAAAGUGAUAAAAAGAAACUCAUAAUUGGUGAGUUUUGAUAAAAAUAGCUUCUAUAUAUUUCACUACAAUUUACAUACAAUUUAUAGAGCCAACCAUACCUUAUUUGAGGAACCUAUUCUAUAUGUAUGCAUUAUUUAUAGUUUACA